AUGCCGCCGCCUGCCGCCGCCCCAACUUCGCCAAAGGCCAUGCGACGAGCACACUCAUUUUCUUCCCUCGGCGCAGCUGCGAAAGCCGCCUCCCCAAGACAACAAAAUGAAAAUCUCCCGGGCCGCCGAGCUUCUGCUACCGAUGGAGACGUUCUUAUGGGAAACACAUUCGAGCAGCCACCACCCACAACAGCAUCCUCGACAACGCCCACGGCCGUGACAGGGCCAACAAAGGAGCAGCCCAUCCCGCGUCUUCGCUCCAUCGCGCCCGCCUUCUUCGUCCCCGUCUCCAAGAUCCUGCCGAGCAGCGAGGAGGCCCUGCAGCGGUCGCUGUCGCUCGCCACGACCGACCGGGCCGAGCACAUGCGGCAGGCCCUCUCCCGCAGCGACAAGCACGCCGCCGCCGUGCGCGGCAACCUGCUGGCCCUCUUCCGCCGCGAGAACGCGCGCCUCCUGCAGUCGAUGCGCGCCGAUGAGCAGGCGUUCCAGAGAGACAUCCACGACGAGCGCGAGGACUACGAGCAGCACCUGGCGCAGCGCAAGGGGUGGUCCGCGUCCCCGGCGGACCUCGACCGCAUGAUUGCCAGCAUGGCGGCGCCCGCACCGCCCGCACCGCCGCCGCUCGAUCCGCACGCCCAGGUGGCGCAGAUUUUGCAGGGAAAGGGAGGCGCUUUCGCUAGCAAGAGGGACGACGUUAUUGGGGACGUGCCGGAGCCGAGCUUCGCGCACCGUGCGGCGGCGUCGCCGCGCGAACUGGCGGCGCGCGAGGGAUUGAUGCUGGUGAGCAAGGCGACAACGGAGCUGCGCGGGUACGACGCGCACAUUGCGGCCAAGAGGGACAUGCGCCGGAGGGCGCUCGACAGGGAGAGCGCGCAGCGGCGCAAGGUGACGCGCGAGGUUGAGUAG